AUGAUGCUCGGAUUCAGUAUUAGCGCCGCGUAUGUUACGUACAUCAAGAAGUCUCCUUCGCCAUUUUCGGCUGAUGCAGAUGUGGUCGAUUUGGAUUUCUGUUCGGCCAUCGCGGAAAACCCACCACUGCUAUCUGGUACCCUGCGAACAUAUCAACGAGCCGGGUGUGACCGGGAAUUGGUCACAUUGAGCUGCCCCCGAGGGACGAGCAUAUCGAUAGAGGUGGCUCAGUACGGACAGAGCGGUGAUGCAAAUGAGCAGAGUUUGUGUCCAGUAAGCACCGAUGACAGCAUCGAGAUCAGUCUUCCCGGAACCGAGAUCGAAAUCAAGGCACCCGAAAGCUGUACCUGGCCGAACGCUUUGCAGUAUUCGCUCCUGCAAACGGUGGUGGAAGCCUGCCAGAAAAAACGGCACUGUAAAUUUUUGGCCUCACCAAAAACUUUCGGUGGUGAUCCCUGUCCAGGCCAUCGGAAGUUCGUAGAAGUAGCUUAUAAGUGUAGACCAUAUGAAUUUCGAAGUAAAAUAGCGUGUGAAAACGAUGUUAUACAAUUAAUUUGCAAUCCCUAUUCAAGGAUUGCUAUCUAUAGCGCUAGCUUUGGGAGAACAGAGUAUGAAAGUUUGCAAUGUUCUCAGCCGCAAGGAGUAAAGGAGGAAACAUGUCUUGCAUCUUACGCCACCGAGACUGUUAUGCAAAAAUGCCACGGAAGGAGAAAAUGCACCUUGUCAGCAGACAGCACAACUUUCGGAAAACCGUGUCGUCCGGACUCGAGGAUGUAUUUAAAAGUUGUUUACACAUGUGUGCCACGGAAGGUACUAAAGGACCGGUUCGAAGCUGCACCGGAACCGGACGAACCGCUGCAGAGUGACUUAGAGCAGGAUCAUGACGACUUGUACGAUGAGGACCAGUUUUUCCGUGAAUCAGACGCUCUUCCGCCCGGGCCGGCACCGAAACUGCAAGGUGGUCCGUCCAAUAAUCGAGUGUCGGACAUUCCAGGCUACAUGGUCACCAGCAGUACGCCACCCAUGCCACCGCGCUCGAUACAAGACUACAACCAGGACAACGACUUUUCUUUCGAGGAGCACCAGGAAAAAUUCUACAUUUACCUCAUAGUGGCUGUAGCCGUCGCAAUCCUUCUCUGCUUGUCAAUAGUAGUCGGCCGCGUGGCGCUACGGAAGCGCAGAACGGUGAAGGAGAACGAUAAAUUCCAGACAUCAAACACAGGUGAAACGACGCUCCCAAAUGGUUUCACAGACGAUAUAUCGGAAAUAGAUGCGGAUAUCGAUUUGCAAACUCCGCUGCCAGUGCCAAGCGUUUCCCGGAGUGAUAGCUACGGUGCAUACACACCCUCGCCAGGACCGUACGGUAAUCUGGGACCAUCCAAUAUAUCACAUACCUCAACCACAAUGCUGGUACCACCGUGCUCGAUGGGUUCGAUGAUGAAUGCUGCACCGCCAGCUAGUUACCUGAGUGGGCCAAUUAAUAUCAUUCCUUCCCAGCUUGGGCAGAGUAUAGGUGGUAUUCGCACACCGAUGGCAGCGAUUAGCACGUUGCCUCGACAUCCGCAGCAGCAGCAUCAGCCACCGGUUUUUCUGGGAGGAGCCGGUUCGGUGAUAGGACACUCCCAGACCCUGCGACGACCGUCCAGUGAUCUUGAUGGUAACACACCCCGCAGCAUCAGCAGGGGUGCGGCGAACACACAGUUCUACUACGGGUGA